GUUGUUGCUUAUGACAAAACAAAACUACCGAAAAAGGCAAAAACGCGUCUAAAGUUUUGAUCUUUUCUUCCUCAAAAAUUCAGGUUUUGAUCUUCUUUCUCUCGGUAGAGAUUUUCUGUAAAAAUUAUAAAAUGUCGUUUUGAGUAAAAAAAAAAAUCAUGAGCAAGCCCGACCCGGAUCCGAAACAGCCUUCAGGAUCUUCCUCCGAGAAGGAUCCCGUAGCCGCCGAUCACAUUAGGGAGGAGGAGCUAAGUGAGGAUCUCAGGAAUGUGGUUUUGUUGGAUGAAGCUACAGAAGAGCUGAAUGUGUCGAUUAGUGUGUCUGAGGGUGAUCAGAAGGAGGAGGAAGGAAGAGAGAAGAGAAUGAUGGUGUAUCCGGUGAGACCUGAUGCAGAGGAUUGCUCGUUUUAUAUUAGAACAGGAGGCUGCAAAUACGGAUCCAGCUGCAAGUUUAAUCACCCUGUCCGAAGGAACCCCCAAAUUGGUAGGGAGAAAGUAAGGGAAAGGGAGAGGGAAGAGGAUGUGGAGAAUCCCAGGCUCAUGGAGUGCAAGUACUACUUCAGGACGGGAGGGUGCAAAUAUGGAGAGACUUGUAGGUUCAGCCACACUAAACAACAGACUUCUCUCCCCUCACGACCUGAGCUUAACUUCCUCGGUCUUCCCAUCAGACCGGGAGAGAAAGAAUGUCCUUUCUACAUGCGAAACGGCUCCUGCAAGUUUGGAGGUGACUGCAAAUUUAAUCAUCCGGAUCCUAAGGCUGUUGGAGGUGGAGUUGAUUCUCCUCUCUUCCGUGGUAAUAAUGGUGGAUCAUUUCCCCCAAAGGAUGCCUCACAAGCAAGUUCAACUUCUUGGUCCUCAUCGAGACACAUGAAUGGUACUGGUACUGGUGGUACUGCUCCUUUUAUUCCACUCAUGUACUCACAGAAUCGUGGAGCUUCUUCACCUCAAACUCCAGCGUGGAGUGGAUAUCAGGCGCCUUCUGCCUAUCCACCAGAAAGGGGUGUCCUUCCUCCUUCCACAUACUCGGCUGAAACUAGUUCAUUCUCUCAGUUGCCUGCUGAGGAAUUCCCAGAGCGUCCGGAUCAACCAGAGUGCAGUUAUUAUGUUAAAACUGGGGAUUGUAAGUUCAAAUCUAAAUGCAAAUACCAUCAUCCCAAACAUAGAUUGCCAAAGCAGUCUCCAUCCUCUUUCAAUGACAAGGGCUUACCCCUAAGACCUGAUCAGAGCAUGUGCACACACUACAGCCGCUAUGGCAUCUGCAAAUUUGGUCCAGCUUGUAGAUUCGAUCACUCUAUACCGCCUACAUUCUCGUCCAGCAGCUCCCAAACCGUAGAAACUCCUCAGCUCGGCGGCAACGCUAAUGAAAACGACAGCUGGAAUUGACACCACGUGUUCAGAAGCCUGCGUAAAGGAUAGUUUCUGUCUUUUUUUAUCAAAGUCUUUUCAGUUCUUAGGAUCAAAACUAUGCUUCUGGUUUGGAGUGUUAUAACGAACACAUUUAGGUAAAUUUAUAGUCUCCAAAACUAUAUAUAUAUAUAUCUAUCUGGCGAGCCAGUCUUGUUUUUCUUGACUUCACCAAAUAAUUUUUGUUUCCUGGCUUUAACUGUAACUAAGGUUAUGUCUAAUGGAAUCCUGAACUCUUUCAUGC